AUGAAACUUUGGACAUAUCCCUGGGUGUCUUGCCUGGUGAUACUCAUCUUGUGUUUUGGAUCAGAGUGCGGGACAGUCCGGAGAAAGGGGAGAUCCAAGAGGGAGUUGGUGCGCAUUAGGGAGGCGAAAGCCACCGUACCGGGGGCUUGUGCCACACGUCUGCCCCGGGGCAAGCGCUCUUUGCCCGGCUUGGAGCGACGGGUGCUCCGCCAGCAUCGGCGCUCCUCGCAGGCGGAGGAGAACUCCCCGGGUCGGGGCAAAGCAGUCUAUUUCACUGGCAGGGGGGACCAACUCCGGCUAAAGCCUGGCGUGGAAAUACCGAGAGGGAAUUUCACUCUGGAGAUGUGGAUCAAACCGGAGGGAGGUCAGCGAUCCCCCACGGUGAUUGCAGGUCUUUACGACAAAUGCUUCUACGCCUCGAGUGACCGGGGUUGGCUCCUCGGGAUCCAGGCAGUCAGUGAACAAGGCAACCGAGACCCUCGAUUCUUCUUCUCCCUUAAAACUGACCGUGCCCAUAAAGUGACCUCGAUUCACUCCAAUGCCCACUACACUCCCAACCAGUGGGUUCACCUGGCUGUCACCUACGACGGCGUAUACAUGAAACUCUUUGUCAAUGGGGCUCAAGUGGGUGUCAGUCGGGAGCAAUCUGGUGACGUUUUCAGUCAUUUGACCAAAAAGUGCAAAGUGCUAAUGAUUGGUGGUAAUGCACUGAAUCAUAAUUACAGGGGAGCGGUAGAAAGGGUAGGCCUGUGGAGAGGGGCACGGGGGCAGAGACAGAUUAUCAGGGACAUGCAAGGCCAUGAGGACCCCCAGGAUGCCCCUCAGCUGGUCAUCAGAGAAACCUUCGAGCACCCGGGCCGUAAGUGGUUGACUGUGAAGGAUGGAAGCUUUCCCCAGUCUGAGCAGGGAGGAAGUGGACGAUUAGGGUUUGUUGGUGGUAGCGGUGUGGGUGGGAAUAGUGAAGGAUUCUUGGACACUACAUUGGAGCCACCGACCUGUGGUCAAACUGUCUGUGACAAUGUGGCGGUCAUCAAAAACUACAAUUACCUCUGGACCUUCCGUCGACCCAAGACAGUGCGAUAUCGUGUCAUUAAUAUUUGGGAUGAUGCGCGAAGAAGGCCUACUGUAUCCGAUCACCAGAUCAGCUUGCAGCAUCAACAGCUUAACGAUGCCUUUAGCCCCUACAACAUCACCUGGGAGCUUAGCGUUCAUAAUGUGACCAAUUCCUCGCUCCGUAAUCGUUUGAUUCUGGCCAACUGUGACAUUAGCAAAGUUGGUGAUGAUGCAUGCGACCCAGAAUGCAACCACCCGCUGACAGGUUUUGAUGCAGGCGAUUGCAUGUCUGGGCACCGGAGCCGUUGCCCUGAAUACAAACAGGGUAAUGGGGUAUGUGACCCGGAGUGCAACUGGGAGAACUUUUUCUAUGAUCUUGGUGACUGCUGUAACCCCAAUGUGACAGAUGUGACCAAGACGUGCUUCAACCGCUCUUCACCGCACAAAGCCUAUUUGGAUGUGAAGGAGUUGAAAGAGAUCCUGAAUUUGGAUGGCUCAACUCACCUGAAUGUCUUUUUUGCCAACUCAUCUGAUGAAGACCUGGCAGGAGUUGCCACUUGGCCCUGGGACAAAGAGGCCCUUACACAUUUGGGAGGCAUUGUUCUAAACCCUUCCUUCUAUGGCACAUUUGGUCACACUGACACCAUGGUCCAUGAGAUUGGGCACAGUCUCGGGCUUUACCAUGUGUUCCGGGGUAUAUCAGAGAUUGAGUCGUGCAAUGACGCAUGUUUGGAGACUGAGCCCUCGUUGGAGACCGGAGAUCUCUGUGCAGACACAAACCCCACACCUAAAUACAAAGGCUGCCAUGAUCCUGAGCCGGGCAACGAGACGUGCGGGUGCAGACACUUCACGAACACCCCUUUUAACAACUACAUGAGUUAUGCAGAUGAUGCUUGCACAGACUCCUUCACGCUUAACCAGGUGGCCAGGAUGCACUGCUACCUGGACCUUAUCUACCAGACCUGGCAACCAGCAUCCAAACCACCCCCAGUACCAAUGCCACCCCAGAUAGUUGAGCAGCAUCACAAUGCCAUAACCCUUGAAUGGUUUCCACCCAUAUCUGGACACUUUUACGACAGAGAAGUGGGAUCAGUGUGUGAUAAAUGCACUGAGGGUAGAGUUUUGCUGCAGUAUGCAUCCAACUCCUCCUCCCCCCGACCCUGUGCACCUUCUGGACACUGGUCCCCUCGAGAGGCUGAAGGCCCACCAGACGUGGAACAGGCUUGCGAGCCAAGUGUGCGCACCUGGAGCCCCAAUGCAGGGAUCGAGCAGGGUGCUGUGGGCCUCUCAGAGUGCCCCCUCCAGGGCUGCAUGCUUCAGCUCGAGUUCCCCUACCCACUGGUGCCAGACUCCCUCACUGUGUGGGUCACCUUCUUCAGCCCCGAGGAAACAGCCCUGCCAGCUAUUCACAACAUCUUGCUGCUGACUGUCAGCGGGAACAACAUAUCAUUGGGCCCCAGUAAUGUCUUCUGUGACACCCCACUAACCUUGAAGCUGGAUGCGGAUGAAGAGGUAUAUGGGGUGCAGUUCUUCACCAUGGAACAGCACCUUGAGAUUGAUGCCACCCUCUUGGCAUCGAAGCCUGACUGCCCACUUUGUAGGCACUGCCAGCCACUACGCUACCGCCUGGUGCGCCAGCCACCCUUUACCCAUGCACCACACGGUCUGAUAUUAAGUGAUGCGGCUCGUCAAUAUACAGACAGGGAUGUGGUGCCCCAUGUUGUGUAUACCUACCAGGUUCAGAUCAUCUCCAGUAGGAGCGAGAGUGAGCCAUCUCCACCGCUGAUACAUGAAUUAGGGGCAGCCUACUGUGGAGAUGGGCGAAUACAGAGCUCCAAAGGUGAAGAGUGUGAUGACAUGAAUUCCAUGAAUGGUGACGGCUGCUCCAGCCAGUGCAAGAAGGAGCCCUUCUUCAACUGUAUUGAGGAGCCCAGCAUGUGUUACUACUAUGAUGGUGAUGGGGUGUGUGAGGACUUCGAGCGAGAGACAGGUGUGAGGGACUGCGGCCUCUACACCCCCAGUGGCUUCCUCGAUCAGUGGGCCUCCAGUGUGGAGGUAUCCCAUGAGGAGAAGCCCUACUGCUCUGGAGAGGUGGCUGCUGGGUAUCCUGCUGUCACCAAGACCUGUCAGUCCAAGGUGUUUGAUCUAUCGGAUGGGGUAUCACAGUACGCAUGGUUUCCUUGCCGUGAGGCCCAUGAAUCAUCGUGGGGUUAUCCCCACUAUUGGCUCAAGGCUCACUUUUCUCACCCUAUGGUGGCAGCAGCUGUGAUAAUCCACCUUGCUGCUGAUGGAACGGGCUAUAUUGACCAGACACAAUGUAACAUCACCGUUCAGCUUGUGGACACAAAGGAGGGCAUCCAUAGCUUAGGUGACUGGCGUCUAAGCUGCCGGACCAACCCUUUGGUGAUCCCAGUGAGCCAUGAUCUGUCAGUAGCCUUCUACCACACUAAGGCUAUCCUGGUUAUGUUCGCCUCUCACCUGGUUGCAAUCUCUGGCGUAGGCCUCCGCUCCUUCCAGUCCUUUGACCCUAUUACUAUAAGUGGUUGCCAAAGCAAUGAGAUUUACAAUCCCACAGGCCAGAGUUGUGUACAUUACUCGUGUGAAGCCAUUGACUGCCAGGAACCUUUAAUCCGCAAUGCAGAACUCAAGUGCAGUAGCCCUGGCCGCCACUUCUAUAAUGGUGACCGCUGCACCAUUGUUUGCAACUCUGGUUAUGUCCUGCAAGUCCACCAGGAUGAUGAUAUAAUCAAGAGCCAGUCGGACUCUAUGGUGACGAUAACCUGUGCAGAUGGGAAGUGGAAUAAGCAGGUGUCAUGUGAACCAGUGGACUGUGGCCUGCCGGAUAAAUACCAUGUCCAUCCUGCACACUUCAACUUCCCUGAGGGCACCACCUAUGGCAAGAAGAGCACCUUCCAAUGUAGGGAACCUGCCCAGCUUGUAGGUACCAAUAACACUCUUACCUGUCUGGAGGAUGGUCUGUGGUCCUUCCCAGAGGCCCUAUGUGAGCUUCGCUGCCCAGCCCCUCCCCCUGUUCCCAAUGCUGUGCUGCAGACCAAGCGUUGCAAUGAGACAGGCCUCAAAGUGGGCUCUCUGUGCAAGUACAAAUGCAAACCAGGCUACCAUGUCACCAAUAAACCAAAAAGGCGUGCCUUUAAGCGUCAGUGCACAGAAGAUGGAAGCUGGCUAGAAGGGGCAUGUGAGCCAGUCACUUGUGAACCCCCACCACCCAUAUUUCAUGGCUCCUAUCACUGUACUGAUGGCUUCCGUUUUGACAGUGUCUGCCGACUCAACUGCUCUGACCCUGCCAGUAAUACUGCCUUGGCCGCCAUGGGAGGCUCCGCCCACACGGUGAGGCUGCUGCACGCUCCAUGCAAGCAGGCCCCUGGAUCCAAUGCAAUCCGAUGUAGGAAGGAUGGAAACUGGACAGGGUCAUUCCGCUUGUGUCCACAGAGCAAAGGCCAAUGUUCUUUACCUCAAAACCUCCACUACAGCCUACAAUACCUGUGCAAGAGAGGGCAUGGCAUAGGUGAGGAGUGUGAGCUAACGUGCAGAGAGAGUAACAACGAUGUGGUAAUUCUGCCUAGCAACAUGACAGCAGACAGUGUACUCAAGGAGCACUGGAGGAACCCACCUAAAGUCAAGAGUAUAGUAUGUACAAUGGGGUUGAAGUGGUAUCCACACCCAGAAAUGCUUCAUUGCAUCAAAGGAUGUGAGCCAUUCAUGGGAGACAACUACUGUGAUUCGGUUAACAACAGAGCCUUCUGUAACUAUGAUGGAGGAGACUGUUGCCAAUCCACUGUCAAAACCAAGAAAGUAAUUCCCUUUCCCAUGUCCUGUGAUAUACGGGAAGACUGUUCCUGCCGGGAUCCCAAUGCUAUAGAGAAUAGAAAGGAUGAACAUGUCCAUUCCCUGGGUUGACUGACUGGGAGCCCCCCGCCCCACCCCAACACAACCCCCUUCAACGUCCCAGGAUCCCCACUCCAACACAACCAGAGUGGCCGAGGCAGACCCCUCCUUCACCCUCCUCUCGGCCUCCAACUUCCUGCACAUGCUGCUUAACAGGCAUACCUCUCCGUCCAUACUGCAACCCCAACCAAGCGAACUGCCUCCAACUCCACCUCACAGAAAGAUCUAUAAAGCAAGAUGGGACUCAUGAGACUCCACAGAGACCUUCAUUUCUCAACUAAAAGGAAAGUAACCCCUGCAGUAGCAUCAUAAAAAAACAACAACAACAUAUAAACCAAGGAGAAAAAAUAAAUAAUUAAGACAUUUUUUGAAUGAAUGACAAGAGAAUAAAAAAGAACAAAUUUUUUUUCAAAACAGUCAAAACCAAGCCUGGAUAGCAUGCCUUUUGUUCAGUUUUGUGCCAGCUUCAGUGUCCAUUUUCAUGAUCUUGCCCUGCAACCUCAUGAUUGAACCAAAGGUAAAUGAAAAUGUGCAAGUGAGUAAUUAUGUUGGCUCUUUAGUUGAUUUGCUAAAAUGAAGGGGAUUGUAGCAAACACCAUUAAAAUAAAUGGAAAAAAAAUCAGCUUCAGUCCCAGUUUAGAA